AUGGCCACCGACCCCGGCAAGGGCAAGCUGACCUCGACGGACUUCCGCGCCGCCGUGUCGCAGCUGGGGCUGCACAGCUGCCUGCCCGAGGACGUGUGGACUACCUUCAAGGCAAGGACAUUCGUGCAGCCCCAGCUCCAGAAGGCGGUGCGCAGCGAGAACCUGAGCACGGAGGCGGACAUGGGGCCAGAGGACCACAUCCUGGCAAAGGGAGCCGCGUCCAUCUUCGUGGCCGUCGAGCGGGACACCACCGGCGACCACCACUUCCUCGACGCGCCGCUGCCGACAGAAAGUUUCCCGAGCGACCACGCCAUCGUGGCUGCGGAUGUCUUCUUCCUCUGA